AUGGAGCAAACUGCACAAACCCCUGGAACACAGCAGGGCAGGCAGCAGCCUGUGUACGACACCCGAAAUGGUGGGCAUUAUGGUGCUAGCGCAGCGGUAUGGUCGCCUUCAGAAGCUUACGAGUACGCCUACGUUCUUAAGGCUAACAUGCUAUAUACGUCUAGCUUUCUGCGCAAGGCUAUGCGCCAGUUGCCGAGCUCUAUACCGGGACAUGGGCGAAUGUGA